AGAAUGAAUAUAAGAAAAAUCCGAUAGCGUGUCUAAAAAAGAAGAAAUCAUGGAUGGGCGAUGUUUUGUUUGCUCAGGAAAAUUUACUCUUUUUAACAGAGAGAACUGUUGUUCAAUGUGUAAGCAUUCAAUUUGUGGCAAGUGUACUGUUGAAUCAACUGUUGAUGACACAAGUUCAGCCAAGGUUAAAGUUUGUCUUGAAUGUAAAAGGGAAAGAGAGUCAAAAGUGGCACCUAUAAUAUUGGAUCCUCCUAAGUUUCUCCAGAAACUUGAGGAUCCACCUGGUCCAGCAAAAAAGAGACCACCAUUAAAAAAACAGAUUACAGAUGCUGACAUUCAGUUGAGAUUGGAUGCUUUGAAAAAAAGUGAACCAGGAAAGAAAGUCCUAGGCAAACGACCAACAGAAUAUGAACUUCAGUCCAAACUGAACAAAAUGGUUGGACGUCCACCCCCAGUGCAGGAACCUGUCAUACAACUCUAUGUCAACAUUAAACCCAUAUCUGACCAGGUUGACGAUUUGGUGACUCAAGUUGAUGAUGAAUUCAAAAUAGAUUCCCAAAUUGGUCCCUCUGGUAGUAGGACCAUGUCCACUGGCGUUGAGGACCUAGAGGAACGAGCAAGAGCUCUCAAAUACGGCACUUCUGAGUUGAUAGCAAUGCACACUUCAAGCAAAAAAUCGAAAGAUGGACUACAAGAUGAACUACGAGACCUAUCACAUCUUACUGAAGAGGAGCAGGUUGAAUAUCUCAUUAAAAUGACGGAGGAGGAGGCAAAGAUAGAUUUUAGAGCCGGAGUUGAGUUUAAGUCACCCGAAGAGGAAGAGAAGAAGUUACCCGGAGAGGAGGUGGAGGAGGAGUUACCCUGGUGCUGUGUGUGCAAUGAGGAUGCUGAGGUGCGCUGUUCUGAGUGCGACAAUGAUCUGUACUGCAAACGAUGCUUCAAGGAGGGGCACGAUGAGUUUGAUUUAGAAGACCACAAGCCUGCGAUAUUCAAGAAGACAGAGAAGCACAAGAAGUACAACAUGGAGCUAUAAGGUGUCACAGUUCUAGAAACAUGGUGUUUUACUAGCAGAGACAUUAACAGAGACAAUGUACAUGAGUAGAGCAUGUCACGUGAUUAGAAUAUCAGUUUUUGUGCUGAACUUGUGAGUUUGAUACAUUUUGUUUAUUCACCAGUAUCCAAGAUUAUCGAUGGAAUAAUUAGUUUUAGAUUGUUAGGUUGAGUAAUAAUUGAUUGAUUAUUUUGUAAAUUUACCCAGAAAACUAGAGAAGCUCUCGUGUUUAUUGACUAUCUGUUUUAAAGAAUGAAUUGGAGCAUUCUGUCGGCCUAUUUUACACUAUCUUACUAUAUUUGAUUUGUGAGAUACAAUUUCAUUUUAUGAGCAAUUGAGUGUCAGGUAAACCGUUUUAAUGAUUAUAAUGCUGGUUAGAUUGUUAGUAUAUAAUCAAAAUAAAUUCUUCAUUUCAUCGAAUUGCCAAUGUUCAGAGCUUGUUGAAGGCACUUGCUCAAUGCUCUCUCAUCCUCAUAGUAUGAUAGGGUGCUGUGAACGUUAUAAUCAUGUUAUUGUUAUAAUGUUAGAUAUUCAUACAUUUGACGUAUUUAGAUUUCAUACUACUCAAAUGUACAUUAUAAAUAUUCAUUGAUAAUUGUUCAACGCUUACAUUCGGAUGGAUUUCACCUUUUUCUCAAAGUCCCUGUAAAAUUUUUCUUUUCUAGUUUUA